AUGCUUUUUGACCUCAUCGAAAAGCAUUUUGGAGCUUCAGAUGAUUUAGAAAAUAGUGGCUGGCGGCCAUCGUACCUACGAAAGCGAAUAUUAGCUCUUUUUGUGUUCGCUUUCUCCGCAAUCAUUGCCGCACUCGAGGCCCUAUACCAAUCGUCCGAAGCUCAUGACGGCAUUGCCGCUUCAACCGAAGGUCGUCAUUAUCUUUGGACCUAUGGACCGACCGCCAUUCUCACUAUUGUCGCAACUUUUUGGUCACGGGUUGAGUUUCAGUCGAAGCAAAAUGCACCUUGGCAGUCGAUGCUCGAAGCUCCUCAGCCAGCGGAGAAAAGUGUGCUCUUAGACUAUAUAUCCGACAUGCAGCCUGUAACCGUGUGGAAGGCCUUCAAGAACAAGCAAGUGAUUGUGUUUUCGAGCGUGUCUUGUACUCUACUCGUGCAGCUGGUGAUAAUUCUUUCAACCGGUCUGUUCUCGCUCCAGGAGGUCCCAGUUCAUCAGAACAACGUCACUAUCCAGCUACAUAAUAUAUUCAGCUCUGAGAAUUCGACAUUAGAAGCUGUCGGCUCACAACCAUACGACAUAAUCAACGGGAUAGUCUUCGACAACUUGGCUUAUCCGGGUGGUACGAAUGUCGACUUAGCUUUUCAAGAAUUCUCCGCUCUGAACGUCUCCUCUGCUGCUAUCGUCACUGCUCCUAUAGAAGGGCUCAAGGCGGACUUGAGCUGCGAAGAUGCAAUCAACGUUCAUACCAAAUCUUUAUAUUACAUUGAAUGGCUCAAGACCAACGGUAGUCAAGUCAACUUGGUGUACGAUUUGCAGAUAGUCACCCCAACGUGCAACAUUUCCAAUUACGACCAAUUUGGGCUAGGCGCCAUAGAAUAUACGCAACUUGGGCACUUUCAAUGGACACAAUGUGGGAAUAAGACUGUGGACGACAUGCGUGUUCUGGUCUUGUUGAUCGAGAUCGGCGACAAAAAUGCAACUCGCACGAAAGCCUCGGCGUAUCAGGGACCACCUGAAUACGAAAUCGUACAGCUCGAGUUGAAGCGCCACAAAAUUAUGAUCUGCAAACCUACACUUUCUCGCGUGAAGCUACAAGCCCAAGGAAAUGCCACCGAUCUAUCAAGUGACAUUCGCCUUGAAACCAUUGCCUCUGAGGAGACCACGCUCCAAGGUCUGACCGCAGAAGAUAUUGCCGAUUAUAUCAUGACAAAUGCUAGUACUACCACGGGGUUCAGAGGCAUUGAACUGUUUAAUCCGUUCCCAGAUGAUGCACAGAUUGAUGAGGCGCUGAGGCUUGGAUUACUCCUUGCGGAAGAAGAGGCUACUAUUGAGAACUUCUGGCUGGGCGAUGUGCUCCAAGACUCUGCAUCCACAUAUUAUCGUGCAAUGACCGCCCAGCUUAUGCAUAUGGGUCUCGUUCAAGAGAAGCAGUCGAGAACAAUGGGCUCUGCUCUCGUGAACGAAAACCGUGUCAUGAUGAUGGAGCUACCUCUCCGCAGUAUCGAAGCAUGUCUAGCAAUAGUGACUUUGUUGGCAAUCUUGAUACUUGUGCAUAUUGCUCGCAAAAAGGCAACUAGCUCGAAUCCAGCUUGCAUUUCGGCCAUUGCAGCCAUUGCAGCAAACAGUGAAGGACUUCGGUCAUCCCUUCGUGGACUUGGGGCAGUGUCAAAUAAGGUACUACGUGAGCAACUGAGGGAACAACAAUAUUAUUCACAAUGCACCUCAAAGGGCACAUCGAUUGAGAUCCACAAGAAUGUGUCCAAGGAACCUCACUUCACUCAGAAUACUGAUCACCAGUAUCGCAACUGGAAACCAUUCCCUGGUCUUUUUGCCCGUAUUACUAUUUUCAUGUUGGUUGCAGUGGCGAUUGCGGUCUUAGAGGUGCUUUUACACCUUUCACAGGUCAACGAGGGACUCGGAAAUGUCUCUUACGUCGAUGAGUACAUGCAUUACGUGUGGACCAUCAUUCCUGGUGCCAUCAUGACCGGCUUUAGUCUUGCAUUUGGCAGCAUAGACUUCAACACCAGAUGCCUUGCGCCUUACUCGCAUCUCAAACGCUGCACGGGCGCUUCAUUUUCCCAGUCCAUGAACUUGAACUUUUUGGAUGCCCAAGGCUUCACCAAUAGUUAUCGGUCCAUUCGUUCAAAGCAUUUGGCCGUACUAGCAACGACACUUGCUACAGGUGCAGGUUUUUUUCUGACUAUUGUAAUCAGCGGUCUCUACUCGGUAAUUGAAGUCCCGUCCCGUGAAGUCGCCAACUUCACGCGGGUUGGUGGUUUUCCGGACCCAAGGACCAUCGAAGGGGUCCAGCUGAAUCUGGAUGAAGCCGGCGAAGUCGCAGGAGUCCUGACCGCAGAAUACAUUCUUCAGUAUAAUUUCAGCUACCCUCGUUGGACAUAUGAAGAACUUGCUUUCGCGGAGAUCUCGAUGAAUGAUUCGUUGACCAAGAUCGUGGGAAAUGGCUCUUUUGUGGACAUUCGAGUUCCAGCUUUAAGACCUACACUCGUUUGCAAUGUUUUCACUGCCGAUGACUUGAAGCCAAAGAUCAGUCGCUAUGUUCAAGAGAACACAACGGAGUACCAGCUCACCAGUAUUCUGACAACUCCCGCCUGCCCAGGAAAUGAUACAGACUAUGCUUUCAAUGCCACGGUAUUCACUGUGAAGGAUCUCAAGGACGAACCAUUUGGGUACUCGAUACAAUCUACCUGCUAUGCUAGGGACUACGUUCCGUCUACUUACACCGAGAAUUAUGUUUGGGGACAUGCGAAAGGCACCACUGUUGAAUAUAUUAUGUCAAUGACAUGUAUGCAGUACGCCGAAAAUAUCGAUGUCGACGCGAGAUUCAAGUUGCCGGAACUGGAAAUUGACCAAAGCCAUCCACCAGUGCCGGUCGAAUCGUCUGUGAGAUUGGACAAGAACCUCUACACCCCGAUACCUGAGUGGUGGACUUUGAACACGGGUGGUCAAUAUCCAACUCUCGAUGGAUUUUUCUAUCUCCUUGUCACUGGGAAAUACGCAAUCCCUUCCGAAGACCUCACGCUCCCUGAAAAGAAUCAAACAGUGAUCGACGCGAUCAAACGUCAACACAAAAUAAUCAACGCGCAACAGCUCAACAAUUACACCCGUGGAACAGCGAAUGACAGUAUUCAUCACGCACUACUCCAAGGAAACAUCACAAAUUCAAGUAGUCUGAGGCUGGUUCAAGAUGCUACUUCGACGCGGAUUUUGGAGGCGCUUUUGGGCACAAUGCUCGCUCUGGGUAUCCUUGGCUCCGUGCUUCUGAACACAGACCUUGUUUUGCCAAAGAAUCCAUGUAGCAUUGCAGCGGUUGCUAGCCUUUUGGCAGAUUCCCAUUUGCUGGAUCAAUUUGCUGACGGAGUUUGGGACCCAAACGACAAGUCACUCGAGAACAUCUUCGCCAAACGUCGGUUCUAUCUUGGCUGGUGGGAGAACGGGUCUUCGGAUGGGACAGAACCUGGAAAAGUCUUUACAAUCGAUCAUACGUCCACCGAGAAGGAUCAGCGAUGA